UUGUAACCUAGAAAAAUUACCUUGUGUCGAGGACGCGGAGAGAAGUGAGCGAAAGGCCUUGGUGCAACACGCAGCAGUGCGCGCAGCAGUUGUUUGUUUGAUCAUGUAAGAGUCUCGCGGCGAGCUCGUGCGUUUUUUUGGUUUGGUUGCGCGAUCGAAGCGUGAAGUAGCGCGCCAGCAGGGAAAGAGGCAAGAUGACGAUGGUGGAGCGGUACGACGAGUUGUGCAGACUAUGCGCCUCGUACGAUGCCGUCAAAAUGGACAUCUUCGGGCAGGAAGGCAGGAACCGACAGCUCGUCGACAAGAUACAAACGUGCUUACCCUUCAAGAUCGUCGAGCAUGACAGACUGCCGAAAUGCCUAUGCUAUCGCUGCAUGUACAAUCUGGAAAAUUUCUACGACUUCAGAACAGCGUGCGUCAACGCGGUGGCCAUGCUGGAGAGAUGUCUGCCGCCGGAAGACACGGUUCCGGAAAUCAAGCAGGAGGAGGACGAGCCUUACUCGGAGCUGCGAAUGGAGCUAUUGAAAAACAAAGAGGGUAUGCCAAUGAUGAUCUCGGAAGCACCGGUGGUCAAUCCGAACGCAGAACUUGGCACUCCACCGAGGCUCAGAUCCGACGGCGAGGCCGAUCCAGACGAUUUGCACAACCACGACACCAGUUCACACGGGGAAGCUCUCGACGACGAUCACAAGUCGGACGAGUACGAGAUGGACAUGGAAACGAAUCCGAGCGACUUCCUGGAGAUGAGCGCAAUGGUGCCCGAAGACGAAGGUGGUUUACCACAGCCGUCACAGCACCAGCAGAAGUUUCAACAUCGCAAUGAACAGCACGAGGUUUACGUGUGCUCGUUGUGCAACAAAGCAUUCAGUUCCAAGGGGCACCUGUCUCUACACGCUAGGAUUCACGUUGGCGCUGGUGACGUGAUCGGCGAGAAAGUCAUUACCGACGAUCACACUUCCUUCAAGAGACCCUAUCAGUGCGAUCUUUGUAACAAAUCGUAUUCCACGGCUAAGCAUCGGUGGGGACACGUUUCCACGACUCAUCGAGGCCAUCCAGCAGUGACGUGCGGCCACUGUUCACGUAUCUACUCGACCCGGACAAAUCUCGAGGAACACAUCAAAUCACGCCACGCUGGUCAACCGCCACCGCCCGAAAUUCAAGUCAAUUACGUGCAACAAGAUUCGCGAUUCCAGUGCAAGACUUGUCCUAAAAUGUACACCAAUAUUACUGAUCUCAACAAGCACAGUCGUAUCUGUCAUGCCUCGCAUAAUAGCCUCAAUGCUCAGAACUCAAAGUUGAGAAAUGCUUUAGAUCCAAACUCAGAUUUAUCGAGCGUGGAUUCGGAUUAUGAGAACAGAGAUUAUAGAAGCGCUGAAGCGAAACUUGCCAAAAAUCCUCAGCUGACAAUCCUCAAACAAGCCUUAAUCAAAGGAGAGAGCGUGAAAAAAGAGUAUGAUGAGAGACAAAAGAUGCUGAGCAAAGCUAAAAAGCAGGCCAAAGAAACCAAUGACGCGAACGGUAAACGAUGGUACUGCGAAGCGUGCCCGGCGAACUUUGGUAGUGCGGAUGAGUUGCGCGAUCAUGAGAAAACACAUGACGCCGAUAAACCCUUCAUUUGUAUUCUUUGUGAGAAAGACUUUGUGUUAAAGUCUUCAUUGAGCAGGCACAUUUUGUCAUCUCACGGUGUUGACCCAACUCCUCUUAUCGAGAGUGAAAAGUGUUUGAAGAAGUCUGUUUUGGAGGCUAAUGCGAACCGACCACUUAUAAAACAGGAGGCUAAUGAUAAUUCAUCGUCACCUAUGUCUGACAACUUAGAUGACGAGGAUCAAGAGAACGGCUAUGACAUCAAGCCCGAUAUGGAAACUGUUUUCGUCUGCGAGAUCUGUACACGCGAUUUUAACGAUCGAGCUUCCCUAUGGUUGCACAUCCGAGCCACACACAAAGAAUAUGCCGCAUUCGCAUGCGGAGUUUGCUUGAAAAUCUGCCAAGAUAAUGCUCAAUUACUAAACCACGUAAACAUGUAUCACGGUGGUUCGAAAUUGCAGAUAUCCGAGCAGAGAAGGUACAGCUGCACAAUAUGCGGCCGACAACACGAUUCGCGAAAAAAGCUCAUUACUCACGUAUCCAUUCAUAACAUCGAUCCAAGCUACGACCCAGCCAAUUACGUGCAACUAAAUACUAACUACUAUAACGAAAGCGUUAAUACCAAUGACAGCAAUAAUGAAUUGAUUAUGGAUUGCGACGACGAGAAGCUCGACUGCUUCGUUUGCUUUAAGUCUUUCCCUAAUGAGGAUCAACUUAUUCGACAUCAACGAAAUGCUCACAAAACUGAACAAAUACAAAUAGGCGAGUUUGGUGGUAAUGGUACUCCUGGUGGAUUAAAUGAUAGUACUAAUCGAGCGCAGUAUCAUCUGUUCUUUGUAUGUGAACUCUGUGGAAGCUCACAUCCUAGCAAGUGGGAAAGGUGGCUUCAUGUUAGCAGCAGGCACGCUGAUGAACCAGCUAUCAGGUGUGAACGUGAUGAUUGCGGUAAAAUUUUCGCUACGAAAACGCUGCGAAACGAACAUACGCAACAUCAUCAUUUACAAGGCAGUGUACCCAAUACCUGCGAGAUUUGCGGCAAAUUAUGGAGCAGUCGAGUUGACUAUUGGAAGCACGUAAUGGGCGUACAUUCGAAUACGGUGCCUCUUGUCUGCGGUGUUUGUCUCAAAGUCUUCCCUGAUGUGAUUCAACUAAGUCAGCAUGUUAAAAUUAAACAUUGGCCCUUAACGAAUGGUGACUUCAGUUGCGAUAUUUGCGGUAGACCAUAUUCAAAUAAGAGCAAAAUGAAAAGGCACAGAAGGAUUCACGGUUUGGAUGAUGAACCUUAUGAGCCUUCUUCCAAUAACGCGAGUUUGGUUAUCAAUGAUGCUUCCAUGGGUGAUAUGUCUGGCUUGCCAGAGCCAAUUCCAAUUGAUAACGGUUUACCUCAACCCAUCGACUCAAGCUCCACGAUGGACCUAAAUUGCGAAAUGUGCGGAAACUUGAAGUUCUCUUGUCUUGACGAACUUAGUAACCAUCGUCGUGUCGUUCACAAUCUUUUCCCUUGCGACUUGUGCAAUAAGUGUUACGGUCGUACCUCUCACCUCUGGAAACAUGUAAAUCGUGUGCAUAAAGGUCACGACGAUGUUACCUGUCGUUACUGUCUGAAAACCAGUGCAUCGAGAGAACAUCUUACAGCACAUAUCGCCAAGAUUCACAGAUACGAGCCUGAGGUUAAGCAAGAAAUUCGUGAGACAAAUAUAAGUUUCAAGCAAGAAAUGGAGGAAGACGAUGGUGUUAUACAUUUCUGCGAGAAGUGUAACAAAUCGUUCAAUAAAAGGUACCUGUUACGUCGUCACAUGAAAGGCUGUCAGAACUACCGCAAAGAUCCGGGUUCUCUAUUGACACGUUGCCGCGCGUGCGAGCGAAUCUUUAAAGACCGCGCAAGUUUACAGAAACACAUUGAGAAUCAUCAUAGCUCAUACGAGUGUCAUCUAUGUAAAAUCACAAUUACAUCGAAACUCGGCAUCAUGACGCACAAUCGGGUGCAUCACAUGAACCAUCCGGAUCUUACCUGCGAAAUUGAAAGUUGUCGGAAACUAAUGAGGACAACAGAAGACUUGGAAUCGCACAAGAAAGAUCACAAGCAUCAUCCGAGCCCAAACGUCUGUGAUUUCUGUGGUGAUACCGUUGAAAACAAGUUGAAGUUGAAAAUGCACGUGCUGAGUUUGCACAGAAACGAGAUCGGCGUUUCGUGUGGGGUCUGUUUAAUUCCUAUGAAAGAUCCAAAGGAUCUGAAGAAACACGUCGAAGAGGUUCACGAGAGUAUUCUUUUACGACCGAAUACUUGUCAAGUUUGUGGCAAACAGUACGCUUCGAAGUGGAAGGCAUUCGAUCACACGAAAAAGUGUCACGGUAAAGUGUUCCGCACAUGCAAACAAUGCUUGGCUGUGUUCACAUCCGACGAGGAUUUGCGGUAUCACUACGAGCACAUUCAUAACAUUCCCAAAGAUCAACUUGACGCUUAUCAGUACAGAUUGGAAGUUCGUGGCAAACAAGCUCGAAUGGACGAUUUUGAUCUUGGACCACUGGAAGUCGUGGUGAAAGAAGAGCCCGACGAACUUGAAUUCGAUAUGGAUCCGUUCGAUGAAAACUCGAACGACUCCAAACGAAAGCGCUCUGAGAUGGACACUCACGACUGUGAAAUCUGUCCGGAAAUCUUCCUCAAUCAGGAGUUACUUUCGUCGCAUUACAGAAACGUUCACAACACCGAUCCGGCAAGAAUGAUCAAGAAAUUUAAGACGGAAGUAGGUUCGGGAAAGAAUAUGCGCGAACGCGAGAACUACGAGUGUAAGAAUUGUCAAAAACAAUUCUGUACAAAAACGCUGUACAUGAGUCACGUUAGCAUGUGUACUCGCAAAGCUGGCUCGUCAAUUCUCGAAGCGCACUUAAAGAACAACAAUCAGAUUCAGAUCAAGAGAGAAGAACCGGAACCGGUAAUGUGCGAAACAAAUUUAAAUAUUCCGGAUUUCAAUCUGUUUGAGGAUAUCAACAUGCAGCUGUCGGGGCAGAAACCAGUGCCGAGUUUGAUGCCACUUGCAAGUAGCGGUAGUGUCCAUAUGUCGAAGGGCUCCAAGUACUCGAGGAAAGACUCGAGAAAAGUGUACGAUGAGUCGACAAAUACCGAAUGCACGUGCGAGGUGUGUGGCAAACAAUGGCCAGCGAAGAAACAUCUGUGGCAGCAUUUGAUUAGGUUCCAUAGAGCGGAAGCGGCGGUUACUUGCGGAGUGUGCUUGAAACUUUGUGCGACGUACGAGGAUCUGUCGGAUCAUCUGAAUAACGUACAUCCGACGAUACUCACGACGACAGGCAACAACUUCACUUGUAAAGUUUGCGGACGAUAUCACAACGCGAGGAGUAAGCUGCUGCUGCACAUGAGUAUACAUAUUAAUUGUAAGAGCAAUUCGGUAUGCGCGAGAUGCAACAGGAGCUUCGAGAACGAGGAAAAAUUAAAGGAACACAUUGCUAUGUGUAUGGGCGCACGAGAAGGUCAAGCACCUGGUGAAGAUCAAGUCGAGAUAAAGAUGGAAGAUCACGAUAUAAAAGAAGAAGAGGGUAGUUUAAUCGGUGAUGAAGAUGAUGGUCAGUCUGACUCGGAUAAUAGCAGUUCUAACGAUUCCGAUAGUAGUAAUUCUGACAGUGAUAGUUCAAGUGACGACGACUCAAGCAACAGCAGUAAAGAAACCGAGAACAAAGAAGUCAAUCCACAAGAGUCGAUGAGUAUGCCCGACGAAGAUGAAAUGUACGAAGAAUCGGAAAACGAUGAGUACGUGAAAAAGAAUCAGCAGGAGAUACAGCAGAAGUACGAAGCUCCACGGAAAGAACAGAUGCUCGUCAAUUAUUUCGAUGACGAAGGUCCACCUGCACUUAGUCCCAUGAUGUCUAUGGCCAUUAAGGAACAGAAUGAAGAUGAUAGUCAAUUAAGUAGAAGUGCUUUGAGCACUGACAAAGCUAAGAGUGAUGCUAGUGAAGAAGACAGUAGUGACGAGGAAGAAGCGGAGGAAAGCGAAGUCGAAGAAGUGGUACAACACGCGCAGAUUGUUGAUCCAAAUAGUGCACUCCACGUCGACGAUAACUCCGAUGAAGAACAAGAGCAAGGGGAAGGGCAGGAAUUGGAAGCAGAAGAACAGGAAGUAGAAGGCGAGCAAGAAGAGGAGGAAGGAGAAGGAGAUGGAGAGGAAGAGGAAGAGGAAGAGGAAGAGGAGAUUGAGCAAGAACAUGAACAAGAACAAGAAGUUGAGGAGCAAGAAGGCGAAGAACAGGAAGUUGACGAGCAAGAAGGUGAAGAACAGGAAGUCGAAGAAGACGAUGAAGGUUUAAAUGGCACGGAAGUAUUGGAAGUCGAUGAAAAUGACAUGCAAAAUCUUAACGGCACAGUACUGAUGUUAGCAAACGAUGCCGACGGCAAUCAAAUCCUCGUCGAGCGUAACAUUGCUGACCUCGAAAAUGACGACUCAGUUCACGAUAUGGCACAGUAUGUUUUCCAAGAUGGGGAAGGUUUUGCUCUCGAGGACUACGAGGCCAUCGUCGAAGGCCAAGGUGACGAGGACGAUGAUGGAGAGCAGCAAACCUUUGAAAUGGAAAUCGGCCAAGCCCAAGAGGAGGAAGAAGAGGAGGAGGAGGAGGAGGAGGAGGUCGAGGAAGAGGAGGACGAGUGA